AUGCCAGACAAUCGCUCUCAGAGCAAGGAGUUAGAGCAACCAAUUGAAGAUAUCGAGCGUUAUCUUUAUCUAAAAGGCCGAAUCAAAUUUUUUCAUAUUAAAUACGAUCUUCUAGAUCCUAAUAUCCCAUUUUCAGAACCAGAACCAAUUAUGGCCGAAAGACCACAAAACAAUUUGUUGAAGUACUAUGUUGUUCAAUCGCAAGUAGAACCACAUAACAACAUUGUUGCCCCUGCCAUCAAUCAAAACGAUUUCGUUUUGAAACCUUUGUUGUUAUCAGUCGUUCAACAAAACCAAUUUUCAGGUAGUCCUACAAACGACCCUAACUUAAAUUUGUCAGUGAAAGCAAAUGGUGUCAGUCAAGAAGCGAUUAGACUACGUCUUUUCCAUUUUUCCUUAAGGGAUAGAGCUAGAGCUUGGCUCCAGUAUCUACCUUCAAACUCAGUAACCAGAUGGGACGAGUUGAAGAAAGUCUUCUUAGCCCGAUAUUUUCCACCAAGCGAAACAGCUAUGCUAAGAGCUCAAAUCAACGGAUUUAAGCAAAAAGACAAUGAGUCUUUUUUUGACGCUUGGGAGAGAUACAAGGACAUGAUGCAAAUUUGUCUACACCAUGGACUUGAAAAUUGGAUGAUUAUCCAUACUUUCUAUAAUGGUCUGUUGUAUAACACUAAGAUGAAUUUAAGCGCUGCCGCUGGCGGAUCUCUAAUGGAUAAACCUUACGAUGAAGCCUAUGAACUCGUAGAGAACAUGGCUCAAAAUCAUUUCCAAUGGGGAGGUGAACGUGAUGCUGUAGAAAAAUCAACUCCGAAAAGCGGAAUGUACGAAGUCAACAACAUAGACCGCGUUAAUGCUAAAGUGGAUGCGCUUACUCAAAAGAUCGAAAGCUUGACCAUAACACCAGCAACUACCGUAGCUGCUAUAACACCAAACAGUGAAUUAUGUGGAACCCCUGGGCACACUAAUGUUGAUUGUCAGUUAUUGGUUGGUGUUCCCACCAACCAAAUAAAUUAUGCUCAAGGAAACCCAUAUUCAAACACUUACAAUCAUGGUUGGAGGAACCAUAUGAACUUUUCCUAUAAAAGUAACAAUGUUUUGUUUUCACCAAACCCAACACCUACUAUUCCACCUGGCUAUCAGAAAGGAGCCCCUGUUGCUUCACAAGCACCUAGAAAGUCAAAUUUGGAGAUCAUGAUGGAAAACUUUAUGAAUGACCAAGCUAAACAAAACAAAAAAUUUGCAAAUCAAAAUGCUUAUACGAGUGAAAUGAUGAAACAAUUGUUAAAUAAGUUUGAUGCUAUGGCUACCAAUAACAAAAUGUUAGCAGCCCAGAUCUCCCAAGUAGCCCAACAACAAGCUGCAAUAGAAGCCCCAAUUGGAGCAUUUUCUGGUCAAUCUCAAUCAAACCCAAAAGGCCACGCUAACGCUAUCACACUUCGGAGUGGAACAAAAUUAGAUGAACCAAUCGACCCAAGAAUCCAAAAUCUGGCCAUGUGUCAAAAUUCUGGUAAGGGAACUGAAAAGGUAAACGAACCAACCAAUGAUGGAAAUAAAGACGAAAACGGAAAGGAAAAAGAUAAAGAACCACCUUAUGUGCCUCCUCCACCAUAUAAACCACUUAUCACUUACCCCCAAAGACUUGUUAAGUCUAAAAAUGAAGGACAAUUCAAGAAAUUCGUAGAAGUUCUGAAGCAACUUAAUAUGCUUACUGCAUAG